AUGGCUACCGGAACACCUCCCGCCCCAGCAUCUCCUCCUACCCUAGCCGUCCCCCGGUCACCGCCGCCUCAGGUUCCUGGACAGGCCCCUUCGCCAGCCCUUGCGAAUCCAGCGUUCCAUUACGCCGUUUCCCAGACUGCACUUCCUUCUUCAGCUCCGGCCCCACUCCACGUCGCUGCCGUGUCACUCAAGCUGCCCUCUUUCUGGCCCGCGGAACCGGUGGUCUGGUUUGGGCAAGCGGAAGCGCAGUUUGCUCUCAGAGAGGCAACUGAAGUCAGAGAUCUGGUCGCCUCCCCUCCAGCGCAUACGCCGUAUGACACCCUCAAGGUCGACCUCAUUCGUCGGACCUCAAUGUCGGAGCAGAGGCGGUAUCAAAGACUGUUGACGCAAGAAGAACUUGGAGACCGCACCCCAUCGCACCUCCUCCGCCGCAUGCGCGGCGGAGGAGGUUUUUUGGAGGAGGAACUUUUGGGCGGCCGACCCGACGCCCUGUACGACUCGCUCCUUCGCCAGCUCUUUCUGCAAAGGUUGCCCGCGAAUGUCUGCAUGGUUCUGGCUGCUGCCGACAACAUGAGCCUCAAUGACCUGGCCAAUCUCGCCGACCGAGUUCUGGAGAUGGCGCCACCUCAGAUUGCUGCCGUAGCUCCGCCACGACAUUCCGAGCUCCGUCCACCCCAUACCGACACCACCAGCUCGGCACAACCAGUCGAUCUUUCCGUGCUCGCCGACAAGAUUGCGGCGCUUCAGCUCGAAGUCGGAGCCCUCCGACGGUCUUCCCGCUCCCCGCAGCGCUCGCAAUCAUCGCAUCGCCGCCGCUCCCCAUCCCCAGCUGGCAUGUGCUGGUACCACUACCGUUUUCGUGCAAGAGCUCGCAAGUGCGUUCCACCUUGCACAUUUUCGGAAAACGACAGCGCCAGUCACUAG